CUUUGAGGGCUCGAGCCUCGUCCCUCCUGUAGCUAUGGAAACUCGUGGAUGGCAACAUCCACCAGUCCUCUGCUCCCAUCCUCAUACCUCACAGAGGUGCUGAGUGUGUGCAACUGUGUCGAUAAAUCACAAGCUGCAAGAUGGCGUUUGCGCGACUCGUAGCGUGUUUUGUCCUGUACUCCAGCCUGGGCCACAUUCCAUCAUCACUUGGGGUAAUCCUCCGAACCACGGACAAGAUUGUGUGGGCAAAUGAGUUUGAGCCCAUUGAACUGACCUGUUUAAUAGAGUCCAUCUCAACAAACAACCCCAGGAUUGAAUGGAAGAAGAUUAAAAACGGGGUCCCGAGUUAUGUCUACUUUCAGAACAAGAUAGCAGGGGACUUGGAGCACAGAGCACAGCUCAGAGAGCCAGCCAACAUUCUGAUCUUCAACACCACUCGGUCAGACACGGCAGAAUACCGCUGUGAGGUGGCCGCCAUCGACGAUCAAAGGGACUUUGAUGAGAUACUUAUUAGUCUGGCAGUAAGAGUGAAACCUGUUGUUCCACGUUGCUACGUGCCAGAGGCCGUCACAGUGGGAACAUCCACUGAGCUGCGAUGUCUGGAGAACGAGGGCUUCCCUGCGCCCCACUACCGCUGGUUCCACAAUAAUGAGGAGCUUCCGCAAGACCCUAAGAACAGCCCAAAGUUUGUCAACUCCUCCUACAGCAUAAACCCUGACACUGGAAGCCUGAAAUUUCGUAGAGUGAGAAAGGAUGAUGCAGGGGAAUACUACUGCCAGGCCAUGAACGACGCUGGCCAUGCACAAUGUCCUGAACAAACAAUGGAAGUCUAUGACAUUGACAUCCUUGGGAUUUUUCUCAAGUCAUUUGGUGCACUGCUUGUGUUCUUCUGUUUGGCUGCUUCAAUUUGUCACUCCUGUAAACGUGGCUGCUUCUCCAAAAAAGGACACAAUGAAAACAACUAUAACUGGCCGACACAGACUGACGGUGUUGACUAUGGCGAUGCAGAUGAGGGCCAUUUUCGCCACAAGUCUUCAUUCAUCAUUUGACAGCUGAGGAUGGAGAGAUAAACAACAAAAGGAAACUUGCAACAAUGAUUCUUUGGACGGACAAGUCGAGGUGUAACAUGGCACAUUUCUCUCUGAUGCACAUCAAAAUCAAAUCACCAACUUGCCAAAGUAAUUUUACUAUGUUGUGGCACUGUUACAUGGGUUUUAUAAUAUAAUGGUAUUUUUUAUUAUCCUCUGUUAGUGUUCAUUUCCACUUUUCACCACUGGGUUUUAUUCCUCCUUAUUUGGUUUACUUUUUAGAUCUUUAUCCUCAUUUUCUGACACAAUACAACCAUUUCAAAGCUGUGAAAUUUAAUAUCUGGUCCAUAGUGUCAUCGCAAAAGAUGCUGGAAGCUACAUUCCUUCACAGUUUUUGAACAAUUUCUCUUUUAUAACUCUUAAACUUUUUAAAGUGUACAAUUCCUUUACAUUGUCUUUUUCAUAGGAUGAACAUGUUCUUAGUUUGUCUCACGUGGAAAAUGGAUGAAACUUGUUUUUGUAUAUAGUUACACACGAGUUAUGCAGGCAAUAAGUGGCAAAUGGCAGAAGGCUGAGUAAGCUCAAAUUCAUAAGGCACAAUUUAUCAGCCUUUAUUAUAUAUACAGACGAUUACAAGUAUGUAUGAGUACUGAAUAACCCGUGAAUCUGACAUAUAUACAACUAUGCUGCAAAUUGAAUAUGUAUUAUAGAGAUGGUGAAGUAUGAUUUUUAGAGUGCUGUUUCUGUGUACAAGUGACCUUCUGUGCUUUACUAAUUAUUUUAUGAGGAUUGGACAUAUUGUCCAGAUUUGACUCAGUAUUUAAUGUACAUAAAUACAUACUUUUUUUUAUCUUUUCGUUUUUCUUACAUUACACUCCAUACCUUAUUGUAAAUAUGGCAAUAAAACUGUUUGUUGGAAAUAAAUUUACAAUAUUUAUUGUCAAGUGUGUAUCUGCCGUGUUUAGCGUGUCAGUAUUAACAGUUUCAAACAUUAGUGUCAACGAUUUGUGUAACAACUCAGGAACUGUUGUAAAAUGUCCACUGUUCAUUUGAUAUUACUGAUAUAUGUUCAUGUUUUUUGUUACUAUUAAAACAUUUGGACUGUAAA